CGCCGUGCAGGCGCAGCUGCGCGCGCGCGCCGCGCCGCCCUCCGCGCCGCCCGCCGCGCUGCUCAUCCUGCACACGGAGCUGUAGUCCCUGCCGCACACGCUCGCGGCGCCCGGCGCGGUCGGGCCGCCACCUGUUGUAACUCGGUGCUGAGUAUAUAUAAGUUUUAUAUUGAUUUUAUUCUACGUGCGAUUCUGUACAAUUGUAUGCCCGCCGGCGGCGCCCCGCCCGCCGUGUGCCGCGUGCUGGGUCCGCGCGCACUUCGGUUACCACGCUGUUGAAUGUGCUGCCGCUGGACGGUGUCAUGUUGGGGCUAUCGAUGCUCGUGUCGCACAUAAGACGGCCAGCCCGUUUACGGCGCGCCCCUGCAGCGGGCCGGACAGCCGUGGUAAUCGACGUGCGCGCCUCUUGUAUUAUACUCACUAGCUCCGCUAUAAAAUAAUGUAAUUUUAUAUUCCGGAGACAAGUUGCGAUUGUUGUUAACAAAUACAGACUGCCAUAUUUGUUUUUAUAUAAUAUGUAACAGAAUAGUACAUUAUUAAUGAUGACGACUAUAAUUAUGGUGUAACUAAUAUAAUAAGUAGUAACUUUGAUAGGUGACGCAUGUAGCCAUAUAUUAUAAAACGUAGGUACCCAACUCAUAUCACCUUAUAAGUAACAUAACUUUUUGUCAUUUCCCAGUCGACUUCUUGCCUCAUAGAGUCUUCAGUCGAGAGACGUGUGGUGCUAUUCUUCCUGUUUCGAUGUUAAAUCACUCAUUUUCUUUGUUAUUGUAUAUUAAGUCGAUCGUUAAAGUAAUUCGUCCGUAAAUAUAACGAUACGUCGUACGCGGCUCCGCGUGGUUCUACCUACUGUUGUUCUGUCGACGUGAUUCCAUUUUGCUGUGAUUUGCUUCUAAAAUUAUAUUGUAAAGGGUUAAUACGUAGCUAGCGAAUUGUACCGUGUAGUAUCUGCCGGUCCCGGGUUCGAGUCUGUCAGGCAGUCGAGCGGGGCUGCCGGGACACGCACGCUCGCCGCGCGUUCACAUGGCGGUGGUGUUGAAACAGGUAUUGGUUAGUUUAAUUCAGUGAUGGUUGAACAGCAGUUAUUAAAUAUCUACGUGAGCGUUAUCUAUAUACUUAGAAGAUUUUAAUGUUUAAAUAGGUAGUUGUCCCGCCCAGCCCCGUCUCAUUCUAGUGGUUGAUUUGAUAGUAUGGUGCCAAAUAAUGUUAAGAUUUUGAAGUAUAAUUGUAAUCCCUGCAGCACUGGUUAUUAUUGUGAACUUUGUUAUGUUCAGUGUACAAAACGUCUGGUUUGAAAGGAAAAAAUCACAGAAAUAUAUGUAUUUUAAGCUACUUGGUGAACAAAGUUGAUUGUCAAAGAUGCGCAGACCAGUGUUCCACGAUUCCAUACAUCCAUACAUUCCAUACAUCAGUGCUGCGAGGGAGGUAGUCAAGGGUAAACUAGACAAUAAGAUGAUACGCACAGCUACGCGCGGCGGCGCGUGACGGGCGCGUGCGACCGCCGCGUGCGACCGCGCGCCGCCGCGCACUAUCCUCGUAUCGAAGCAUCGAUUACGGAUCAAUAUAGAAUGGUUUAUUUAGGAUUUAAAGCAAUAAAGUGAUAUUUUUAUAUGCAAGUUUGUUUUACUACUAGGUCGGUAUACAACAACCCCUAAAAGGUUGUCUAACAUAUCGACCCAAAUGUCACGAGACGACUGCGUUGCGCCAGUGUAGGCACCACCGAAAUCCAGGUCAGCUGUGGGAUUCUGUGUAAGCAUCAUCAGCGCCACCACAUUCUCGUGUCUCGGUGGCCGCUGUCAGCUGUGGUAAUACACAAGACAUGUUGACGAACUUACCUACUUAUGUUACGUAAAAGUCUUGACGCAGCGUUGAACAUUGCCGACCUCGCGUCCUCUGCAUUGUUUAUUGUUGGACUUAAGUAUGUAUUCAUAGUACAAUUUUACAUUUAUGACUCAUAAAUAAAGUCAAAUUAUUAUUUACUUACAUAUUUGUGUUUUUCUUUAUUAUUUCUUAAAAAUCUAAUAUGCGUAACCGAAACUAACGGAACGGAUUAUUAGAAAUUAUUGAAUAUCGGUAUCCAUAACCGUCAUAAUUAUAAAUACGAGUACGUCCCAAGUAAACGAGUAAAUAAACAAGUACUUAGAUAAGUAACUAUUAGAAUCAGACAAAGAACGUCGGUGUCCAAUUUCAAACAUAGGUAUUUAUAUAUAAAAGUAUACCUACCGACUGUUAUUAAUUAAAAACAAUACUGGUCCGCGCACAGUUGAGAUCCAGCGGGGGUGAGGUAAAUGUAGCUCGGCCGCUGGUAGGGAGCGGGGGUUACCGCGUUCCAUACGUAGUAUUAUUAAUUCUAUGACGUUGAUACCGACACACCAAGAAGGUGGCGUGUACGUGUUGUACGUGUACUGGGGAUGUUUGGAAGCAAAACAAUUCCUCGAGCAAUGAGCGCGAGAACUCCAAAUGUAUAGCUUUAUUUAUCAGAACCGUGUGUGUCGUGCGGAUUCACUCAUUUUAUUACUCAUUAGUGUAUCACAAAGAGGAAAACGAGGGACGCAAACGUUCGCGAUGAGUCAAACGGAUAAAUACUUACUCGAAAUAAUAUGACAAUAGUGUGUGGCGAUCUGCGACGCAAGUGUCGCCCGCGAGUCCAGCCGCGAGCACCGUGUGGGUGGUGCGGGAGCCUUGACGCCGAAUCCUCAGUGCCGUGAGCCGGGAGUCGUGAGCGUGAGUCGUCAACCGUGGACCUGAGCAAGCUGUGACGCGCGAUGUGUUGUCGAGGAGCGGCGGCGGCGCUGCUGCCGCAAGUCAACCUGCUCCUGGCCGGAUUAUGCAGCUGUCUGACGCUGGUGCUAGGAGUGCUGAUGUGGUCGGCGCCGGCGUGGUCGGCGCCGCCCGCGGUGGUGGCGCCGCCCGUGCUGCUGGCGGCGACGGUCGCCACCCUCGUGUCGACACACGUCGCGCUCGCUGCCGCGCACGCGCACCGACACGCGAGACGACGCAUGCUGCUCGUGUACGCGGUGUGCGUGUUGCUGGUGGUGGCGGCGGAGGCGGGCGUGGCGGCGUGGGCGGCGGCGUGGGCCGCGCGCUGGCUGCGGCGGGAGGGCGCGCUCACGGAGCUGUCGCUGCAGCCCGCGCCGCGCCGCUGGCUGCGGCCCGUGCUGCCGCUGCUGGCGCCGCACCUGCUCCAAGAGUUGCCGGAGGAGGAGCAAGAGAUGAGCGUGCCGAUGGUGUUAUCCUGGACGGCGGCGGCGCUGGUGCCGGCGCUGCAGCUGCUGGCGGCGCUGCUGGCGCUGGCCGCGCGCCCCGCCCUCCGCAGACCCUCCGACCUACGCACGAACAGCGUGGUGUACGCGGUGCCGGAGAAGCUGUACGAUGUCCCCAGCACGCCGUGCAAGGCGCCGCUCGACCACAUCGCCGCCUGGCAGUGACUCGCCGCCGCCACUACAGCGUAACUAAGCUGGACACAGGCGAGGCGAGAGGCUGAUGAAGAAGAUUCAGAACCAAAGAUGUUUUUCAUAUACCUUUCGCGUUAUAGUAUGGUGCGUAGGACACCUGUUAGAAUAGUGAGUACAUUUGCUUUGUACGUUUCUAUCGCUCGAGACUGUACUUGUCUUUCUGCCCUGCUGUCAUACGCACCGUGCUGGAACACAAACUAUACAUUAUUUAACUUACUUUUAGAUAAUUUGUUUAUAAUUUAACAUAAGUACUUAAGUAAGUAGUUUAUAAUUUCUAAUAUAUUUUUGGUUUUCCUAGCAAACAAACAGUCUGUAGGCAUUCCACUGCCGGAUGGAGUAUAAUAUAUGCUACACACAUACGUAGUUAUACAAUAUAUCAAUUAUCAAUGGCUACACCACUCUGCUACUGCGGCGCGAACUUUCUUUGCACUUUGAGCAUGUGCUAUCAAUUUGUAACCUAUACAUGAAUUUGAAAAUGAAAUCAAACUCAGUGUUAUAGGAGUAACAAACUUCUGUGUUGUUUACGCAACUUACUAUUAGUAGGUAUUACAAUUUAUAAAUAAUAAUAAACUAUAAGCACAAUAUUGAUACUAAGUUAUAAAAAAUAUCAAAAAUAAAUGAGGAAAAUUAUA